AUGGUCAAAGGGAAAGGAAAGCCCUCUUCGGGCGCAAGCGAUACUGUGCCCGAUGCCAGUGUUUCGGCUCCCGAUGCCCAACCUACGAUCGUCAUGCCAGACGAGAGCGCCUUCGCUGGCCUCCGACAGAAAAUCGAACAACGUUUGCAAAAGCAGAACCAGAACUCCGGCAAAGGAAAAGGAAAGGGAAAAGAUAACAAGCCCCAAGCGCCCACUGAAGAUGCUUCUACAAAGAAAGGAAAGCAAUCACCUGCCAAGCCCAUCAAAAGCCAAGACGCGCAUGGCAAGAAGCGGGAUCGCAAUGGCGAAGUAAUUGCUCGGGAAGAGAAGAAAGGUGGAAAGAAUCAACAAGAGAAGCCCAAGGGCUCCAAGAAGAGCAAUGAUGAUGAGACCCUGCGCCAGGAGAUCCUCGCUAUGGGAGGUACCGAGGAGGACCUCGAUCUUCUUGCUGGUGUCGACUCUGAAUCCGAGGUCGAAGGCGAUGAUUUCAAGGGCAAGGGCGGUGACGAAGAUCUCCGCAAGCAACUUUCCAGUAUGCUGGAGGCUGCUGGCCACGUUGUGCCGGAAGACCUAGAGGAUGAUGAAGUUGAGGAAGAGAGCGACGAGGACGUUGAAGCUGAGGAAAGCGAGAAUGACGCAGAGAUCAGUGACCCAGAAUCAGAUAUUGAGGAGACACCUGCCCCGAAAGACAAGGCCGAAAUUCCUAUCCCCAAAGAAUUCGCCAAGCUGAACGUCGUUCCUCGGGCCGAUUGGUACAACGCACCUCUUCCUCCCCUUCCCCCGACCACCAAGCAGAUGAACGCCCUGCCCCGUCACAUGAUAGACCGUAUCCACGAACUUGGAAACACCCUGCUCCAAGAAGAAAAUGAGCAAUAUGCAGCUGCUCAGAGAUCCAAUGCUUCUUCGUCCCACAAGUUCUACUCGACCAUCAUGGCAUCUGGUACCCUGAGUGAUAAGAUUUCUGCCUUGACUCUUAACGUUCAAGAAUCGCCCCUUCAUAACACUAAGGCAUUGGAGAGCCUCAUUGCCCUCGGAAAGAAGCGUAGUCGUGCGCAAGCAGUUGAGGUUUUGCGAUCCCUGAAGGAUAUGUUCGCCCAGGGUACUUUACUUCCCGGCGAUCGUCGUCUUCGUUCUUUUGCCAACCAGCCUGGUCUCGUUGCUGCUUUCCAGGGUGCUGGUGGUCGCUGGAACGACAAAGACCCUCUUCCCGGUGGCAUUCAAAAGAGCCAUCUUAUUGUCUGGGCCUUUGAGAACAUUGUCAAGGAUCAGUUCUUCGAGGUUCUCAAGAUUCUCGAGAUUUGGUGUAACGAUGAGAUUGAGUUCUCGCGAACCCGCGCUGUCAGUUAUGUCUACGAACUUCUCAAGGAGAAGCCCGAACAAGAGUCAAACCUGCUGCGUCUUUUGGUCAACAAACUAGGAGACCCGGGUAAGAAGAUUGCUUCUCGUGCAUCAUACCUUUUGCUGCAGCUGGAGCAGGCACAUCCUCUGAUGAAGCCGACUAUUAUCAAGUCCGUCGAAGAAGUGCUGUUCCGUCCCGGCCAGAGUCAACACGCCAAGUACUAUGCCAUCAUUACGCUCAACCAGACCAUCCUGAGACAGAAAGAAGAGCAGGUUGCUACUCAACUACUUCACAUCUACUUCGGACUUUUCCUCGUCCUUCUGAAGCGUGAGCCUAAGCACGAGGCUAAGGAGGCACCCAAGCCCAAGGGCAAGCACGGAAAGCCUCACCACAAGGGACCUAAGGGCAAGGAAGACCCUACUAAGGGAGCGGCUCAGGACGAUGAGAUGCGCGAGAAGCUCAUCUCUGGUGUCUUGACCGGUGUCAACCGUGCCUAUCCUUUCACGGACUCGAACAACGAGCGCAUGUCGAAGCACCUUGACACCUUGUUCCGCAUCACCCACUCUUCCAACUUCAACACCAGUAUCCAGGCUCUGAUGCUGAUCCAACAGCUCACGGCAUCUAACCAGGUCGCUGGCGAUCGUUUCUACCGCACUCUGUACGAGUCCUUGCUCGACCCUCGUGUUGCUACAUCUUCCAAGCAAUCUCUCUACCUCAAUCUCCUGUACAAAGCUCUUAAGAAUGAUCUCAACGUUCGACGAGUCAAGGCAUUUGUCAAGCGUAUUGUUCAAGUGCUUGGUCUGCAUCAACCGGCUUUCAUCUGUGGUAUCUUCUUCCUGAUCCGCGAGCUUGAGAAGACCUUCCCCGGCCUUUCAGCUUUGGUCGACCAGCCUGAGGACAAUGAGGACGACGACGAAGAGAUCUUCCGUGACGUUCUCGACGAAGAUGACGAGCAGCCAGAGCCCACUGCCGUGGAGACCAAGCCCAAGGAAUCCACCGUGUACGAUCCUCGCAAACGUGACCCCGAGCACAGCAAUGCCGACCGAAGCUGUCUCUGGGAAUUACUGCCCUACACCACUCACUUCCACCCCUCCGUUUCUCUCAAUGCUGCAAACCUCUUGGAGCACAACCCCAUGAGCGGCAAGCCCGAUCUCACCCUGCACACCCUCACUCACUUCCUCGACCGCUUUGUUUACCGCACACCCAAGGCCUCCGCCGCCUCUCGCGGUGCUUCCAUCAUGCAGCCCCUUGCUGGUGGUGAAGCCGCCGACCGCUUGGUCGAAGCCGGCAAGCAGGCACAGAACGAAAUGCCUCUCAACACCGAUGCAUUCUGGAAGAAGAAGGCUGCCGACGUUGCCGCCGAAGAUGUCUUCUUCCACGAAUACUUCACCCGUGUCAACAAAGACAAGGAGAAGGUUCGCGCGAAGAAGGGCAAGGACGUCAACGCCGCCGCCCGCGACGGAGAGGACGAUGUCGACGGCGCCAGCGACGACGAAGACGAGAUCUGGAAGGCUCUCGUCGACUCCCGGCCCGACCUGGAGGCCGACGGAGACAGCGACGACGACCUGGACAUGGACGACCUCGAGUCUGCCUACGGCUCCGACGACGAAGGCGAAGGCGAAGGCGAGGACUCGGACGGCGGUGUCAUCUUCAACGACGAGUCCGACGUGCCCUCCGACGAGGAAAUGGCCGAGUUCAGCGAACCCGAAGAAGCCGCUCCCGCCCCCAAGACCAAGAAGGGCAAGAAGGCCCAAGAAGAGGACGACGACUCAGACGACUUCGACAUGGACGUCUCCGACGACGAAGCCUUUGUUGACAGCGACGAGGAUCUUCCCUCGGACAUCGAAAUCGGCGGAAUGGACACGGCUCCCGCAGAUGUUCCUGCGCCUGCCGAGUCGGAUCGCAAGAAGCGUCGCAAGCUCAAGCAGCUGCCUACUUUCGCUUCUGCGGACGACUAUGCUGCCUUGUUGGCCGACGACGACGAUGGCAUGUAA